GUGUGGAGCAAACAGCAGUGACUCAAGCGAGGAACACCUGUCCUUCUCUCUCCACCUGAAGAGGUGGUGGCGAGUGUAUCUGCGCCGGAAGCAUCUGGAAGUUUGAAAGAGUGUGAAAUGGCUUUGGAACCGCGUUUCAUAAAGUCAGUUUUACCAGUACAGGAAAUAUUGCUGUCUUCAGAAGCCAAUGACACAAGUUUGGCUGUGCCUACAGAAGAAAAAAUUACGACAUCCAGGAAUUUGUUAGCUGAACGGAGCCUAAGAGUUCAGCAACAAGUGCAACAUACCCUCGCUCGCAAAGGAAGAUUAUCAUCCCACAGCAGCCCUCUUGCGACCAGCAGUAAGAGCUUAUCCAGCAGCUAUGGGAUGACGAAUGGACACUCCCUUCACCUGAACCGUAAUUACUCUCAUGGCCGACUGGUGACUUAUGAUGGUGGCAACAGCUUCACCUGGAAAGCGGGCCUCAAGAGUCCUCUGCAGCGUGUGGACGUGACUCCGGACGCCAGCCCCGUGCCCUUGCGUGCCCACCUGGGCCAGAGAGCGCAGCGCUACGGCCUCGGCCUCGGCACCGGCGCCAGCUGGGCCAACGGCUCCUUCACCAUGCCCGCGCCGCGUCCGUCCGCCAUGGAGCAGAGCCCUCGCUCGCUGCCGCCGUCCUCCCACCGCUACGCCCACUCCGAGGUGGUGCGCGGGAGCCGCUCGUACAACACCAUCCACGGAGCCGUGAACCGGCCCGCCAACCAGCCCCUGUCCCAGCCCAGGCCCAGACCCAGACCGCCGCCGGCAGCGCGGGAGGACCUCCAGAUGCACAGCAGCACUCCCUACCGGAGCACCGAGGCCCAGCGGGUGGCCAGGGGCACGUACGGAACACUCAGGCAGGCCGGGGGGCAGGUGGGGGGGCAGGUGGGGGGGCAGGUGGCGUGGCAGGUGGCGUGGCAGACGGCAGGGCAGUCCGAGGGCCAGACUGGGGGGGGCAGUCAGGACGCAGGCAGCCUGUCCUGGCUGAACCAGGUGGCCGUGAGGAGGGAGAGCCAGCGGUCAGAGGGAGAGAGGCCUUGCGGGUCUUGCCCAGGCUCUGUGGUCAGCAUGGAGCUGGACGUCAGCGUGAAAAAGGCGGCAGUUGGACAACAGGUCCAGCAGACAACGGUCACUGAACGGAAAGCGGAGGGGCAGGGCGCUAUGAUGACGGUGGAGAAAGCAGUCGCUCUCUUGGCACAGGACGACCUCGACAUGCAGGUUUCUGCCGCCUCCUUCCUGCAGCAUCAGUGUUUCAACAGUGCUGAGGCCAAGAAGAAGGUCUCGUACUUGCACGGCAUCGAGAAGUUGAUCGGCCUCCUGCAGAGUGACAGUGAGGAGCUGGAGCAGGCCGCCGCUGGGGCUCUGCGGAACAUCGUCUACGACAGCAACCAGAACAAGAUGGAGGUGAGGGACUGCGAGGGCGUACCGGCCGUCCUGAGCCUGCUCCGCACCAGCAGAGACACAGAGACCCGGAGACAACUCACAGGACUGUUAUGGAACCUGUCCUCCCACGACCAACUGAAGGAGUAUCUUCUGCGAGAGGCCCUGAGCACUCUCACGGAGUCUGUGAUGGUGCCCUGCUCCGGCAUCAACGAAGGAGAGAACCCCAAAGAGGACCUCUUGGCCGACUCAGAGGUCUUCUACAACGCCACAGGCUGCUUACGCAACCUCAGCUCGUCGGGCCCUGACGGCCGUAAGGCCAUGCGAGAGAGAACUGGCCUCAUCGACGCUCUGAUCUACUACAUACGAGGGACCAUCGCCGACUACCAGCCUGAUGACAAGACAACAGAGAAUUGUGUCUGCAUUCUGCACAACCUCUCCUACCAACUGGAGGCGGAGCUCCCUGUGAGGUACGCUGGAGACCUGUACGCGACGCGAGACACCGCCAUGGUCAAGACCAAGACCCCGGGCUGUUUCCCAGGCAGGAGUGUUGAGAUUGUAGAGCAGCAGGAGCACCAGCGCCCUCUGCUGGAGGACAAGUCCAACCCCAGCGGGGCCGAGUGGCUGUGGAGCGCCAUCACCACGCGCAUGUACCUGUCCCUCAUCGCCCGCAGCAGCCAGCAGUGCACGCAGGAGGCGUCCGUGGGAGCCCUGCAGAACCUGACCGCCGGGAACGGAGCGAUAGCAGAGUCGCUGGCUCACAUCGUAGUGCAGAAGGAGGGGGGUCUGUCCCAGCUGAAGGCCCUGCUGGAGGAGGGGGAGAUGGCCAUCAAGAAGACCAGCGUGUCCCUCCUGAGGAACCUGUCUCGCUUCAGAGAGCACCACAGUGAGAUAGUCAAGCAAGUGCUGCCUGAACUGGUGGCCAUGCUGCCCAGCUCGGACGUGGGCACCGACCUCCCGGCGGACGUCACCAUGUCUGUGUGCCACAUCCUCAUCAACCUGUGCCAGGCCGACACGGAGAACGUCCGCGCCGUGGUCAACUACGGAGCACUGCCCAAGAUCAUCAGCAUCAGCUCCAGGGACAACGGGUACGGACCCACCCGUGCAGCCCAAACAGCCGGUGUCCUGCUGCACACCAUGUGGAACCAAGCUGAGCUCCGUGGAGCCUACAAAAAGGCUGGAUAUCGAAAAUCGGACUUCAUCAACAGCCGGACGCUGAAGGCGCAGCCCGCAUGUGACUGAGGGGCCUUAAUGGAGAAGAGGGAGACGGAGACGCGGGUGAUACCUCAUCACGCAUGACAAGCGUGUGACCGGUUUCACUGACAGGCUGCUUCGCCUGAAUGCGCAAACAGAAAGGGUGUGGCACUUGUUUUUCUCCACCUCAUUAGGUAAAGUGGCACAGAGAAGCCUGGGUGGGGUUGUUCGAUUUGCAUCGGGCGCGCGGCUCUGGUUUCAAAAGCACCUGGACUGGCACUCCACUGCCCUGUCCCUCAUCAGGAGGAGUGUCCCUCUCAGAGUGGACUAUGGGAUGUACUGUAGCACAUAGAGAACGUAGAGAAAAGUGUAUAGUCAGAGGUAGUCACAAACACUGACUCUCACUCAGAAGUUUUCAAAGAACUAGUUUUGUUGCUGAAUAUAAACGAGAUAAACAAUAAACGAUAAACGUACAUCGGCAGUGAUGAAGACUCCGUUUCCAGCCAUUCACUGAAUAUUUAGUGACUUUUGUGGAUUCAGAUUCAUCCUUUUUGCAAUGCUCAUGUCUUAACAUUUCUUGUGUUUGUUUUGCCAGCAAUACAUAGUUUUGCCAUUUUGUCUAGUAUUUAAUUAAAGAUUAUUAAAGACCACAAUUCAUGUGGUUAUGGAA